CUCGCCCAGUCUCAGAAAAGAUUUAAAAUUACUUUUCUCUUUUUUAUUUAAACUGCCAUUCAUCUCUUUCUUUCUCACUGUGAAUUUGUCGUCUUCCUCGGCCGAAAUUGAAUCACUUUUUUAUGUUCUUGCUUUUUGAGAAAUUGCCAUUCAUCUCAUCUCUGUCUCUCUCUCUCUUCAUGGGUGUUUUUAAGGGGAAGGUGGAUGAAUGGUCUGGUUUGGAGUUUGAGGAGUAAUGUCUCUCUUUCUCUCUCUUUUUGGGGAGCUUCGAUUGGUUUAACAGAGGGAGGAGGAAGGGGACACAACUGGUUUGACGUUGAAGGCCCGUCAUCUUCACCAUUCAUUACGGAGAUUAAGGGUCAACAUUUCGCUUCUCCUCCUUAUCAUCCGGGUCCUGCCGGCCCUCUCUUAUGACCAAUCUCCUUCCUCUUGUUUCCUCUCUCUCUCUCUCUCUUUCUCUCUCUCUCUCUCUCUCUUCUCUCUCUUCCUCUCUCUCUUACGGAGGAUUUUUUGGCUUUGGUAAGGAGUGAUUGGACUUACACUUCCUUUGGUCUUUAUCUUCGGCCAUUUUGAUUGGUAAAGAGAGAAAACCAUUUCGUUUUCAUUCCCUGUGGCUGAAAUUUUGUGGGCACCCUCUGCUUUGCCAUAAAUUGUGGCUUCUUCUCAUCUGAGAUGGAAAAGGAAAGCUUCCUUAUGAAUGGUAAUGGUAGCAACCUUUCUGCUCUGAACUACAGCCAAGUCGCUAUGGAAAUGCAGAGAGACAUCCCUUCUUCCACCCCAACUGAAUCCUUCGCUCAUCAUUUCCUCAACGUGAAUUGGGAGAUCCCUUUGGAUCAAGGCCUUCCAUUCCACCCUGCGCUGAGCUCCUUGAUCUCCUCAACUACGUCCUCCACCGUCCCGCCCGCGACUGAUGGCUUCGCCAUGAAAGAGCUCAUUGGGAGGCUUGGAAGUGUCUGCAACUCCGGAGAGAUCUCCCCAACAUCACAAGCAAUGGGGACUCCUUUAGCUGGGAGCAUUGAUGCUAGCUCUCCUUCUUUCAGCACGCCUCUGAAUUCCGCUCCCAAUCUCAACCUGGGCGUGGGGCAUUCCAGAGUGAACGGAAGUGUACCCAUUUCCGGGAACUCGAUGGCUGCUCCACACUGCUUGGCUCCCUUCCAAGCUGACCCAGGCUUUGUAGAAAGAGCUGCUAAAUAUUCUUCAUUUGGGAACAGGGGAUUCAGUGGUUUAGGCCUUCAGGAGCCUGAAAUGCCUUACAGUGGCAAGCUAUCUAGAGUCUCGAGCAGUAACUCUCUGAAGGGUGGUGCCCAGAUGAGCAGGGAUACCACUCUUUCAGCCAAUUUUUCUGAAACAGAUGCGAAACCUGCUUCUGGUUGGGUUGGCAACAGUGAUGGCGGUCCGGAUCGGAAGUUUAGCAGGUUGUCCAGGGCCUCCACGCCCUGUUCAGACGAAGCAGAAUUAGGCACCGGCUGUGAGGAAUCAACCGUUUGUGAUCAGGUAGUGAAGGGCGAGAUUGGAUCAAAAGCUGCAACCGAGAGCGGUGGUAGAAAGAGGAAGGCAGUUCCCAAGGGGAAAGCAGAGACACCCACUUCGUCAAACAGCAAGGAAGCAAAGAUCAUGGACAUUGACGAGUCAAAAAUGAAGAAAAUCAAAGGUGCAGAAUCUGGGUCUGAUGAAAAAGUUGAAGCAAAACCAAAGUCUGAGCAGAACGGUAGUCCGAGUGCUGGAGAUGGAAACCAGAAGCAGUCUAAAGAUACCCCAAAACCAGUUGAGGCCCCCAAAGAUUAUAUCCACGUCCGAGCUAGGAGGGGCCAAGCAACAGACAGCCACAGCCUCGCAGAGAGGGUGAGAAGAGAAAAGAUCAGCGAACGCAUGAAAUUUCUGCAAGGUCUUGUCCCUGGAUGCAAUAAGGUAAUCGGCAAGGCAGUAAUGCUUGACGAGAUCAUAAACUACGUGCAGUCAUUGCAACGACAAGUUGAGUUUCUUUCAAUGAAGCUAGCCACUGUUAAUCCCAGACUCGACUUCAACAUUGAGGGGCUCCUUCAAAAAGAGAUGCUUCAAUCACGUGUAUCUCCCUCACGUGCGAUGUAUCCACUAGACUCGUCUACUUCAGCAUUCCCCUAUGGUAGCCGUCCUCAACAGGGGCCACUUCAGAGUUCCAUCACUUCAGUCUCAGAGACGCAGUGCCCUGUAAAUCCAUUUGACUCUACUCUUUCUAGAAGUCUUGGCAUGCAAUUGCCUUUGACUGAUGGAUAUGCUGAUUCUUCAUCGCAGCUUACCGCAAUUUGGGAUGAUGAACUACAAAGUGUUGUCCAGAUGGCCUUUGGCCAGAAUCAAGGAGCUUUAUUUACCUCACAAAACUUUCAAGGCUCACUGCCCACAGGCCACAUGAAAAUCGAGCUCCAAUGACGAAUUGGGAGCGCACCUCCUCUAGUUUGAAGCACUAUUUCAAGAGAGUCGAUUUAGUUGGUUGAGGAAACGGCCGUCUGUAUAUAGAACUUAGAUUGCCCAUAUAGGCUUCUGAGUACUUACUUUCUUUUCUUCUUUUCUUCUUCUUUGACAAAUUCUUUUGCAUUUUUUUUCUUUUUGGGAAGUAUCACCAUUGUACAAUUCUAGGCUAAUUUUGUCCUGUGGUGCAAAGCUUCUCACCACAUGUAAGAUGUAAUAUGAUAACUGCUAAGCAAUCGGAAUCGCCAAUAUGUUUGAUGUUCUCUGUUACUAAGAA